AUGGUUAACCCCACGAUGCAACGCCAGAACCGUCAUCGCCAUUCCGAACACCGAAGAUACAAUGCAGACAACGACGAGAUAGAAGAACGGCGCUUGAGGGACCUUGGUGACGUGCACAGUCCAGCGAAAGCGUUGCUGAAUUUUGUCAUCGAAAUCGAAGAGACACCCGACGCCAGCGCCAUGCCAGUCUGGCUCAACGCCUUGCCCAUAGACCUAGCCAUGGAGUUGUUGAUCGCCAUGACUGCUAGUGAAGCGGCUUGA